UUCCAUGUUUGAAUCCAACCCAAAAAACUUUAUGUUGAACUUAUCCCUUUUCUUUAUACUAAUUUACUUAUCCUCUGCUCCAUUACCAGUUAACUCUCAAUGCAACAGAGGUUGCGAUUUAGCAUUAGCAUCAUUCUACGUAUGGCGAGGAACAGAUCUCACUUACAUCGCAAAUUUAUUCAAUAUCGAAACUAGACAAGAAAUCAUGGAUUACAACACCAGAGAUACCAUCCCAAAUCUAGACAGUGUAAUUGCCGGAACUAGAAUUAACAUACCUUUUCGCUGUGAUUGCUUGGAGGACGGCGAUUUUUUAGGUCAUGAUUUUCAAUAUGAGGUUAAUUCAGGGGAUACGUAUAGUAUAAUUGUGUCGAAUUACUCUGAUUUGACGAGUGUUGAUUUGUUGAGGAGGUUUAAUAGUAGAUACCCGGAGAAUAAUAUUCCGCCUGGUGUGAAUUUGAGUGUUGUUGUGAAUUGUUCAUGUGGAGAUAGAGAUGUUUCUGAAGAUUUUGGGGUUUUUGUGACGUAUCCUUUGAGAUCGGAGGAGAACUUGACGUAUGUGACGGCGACGACGAAUGUGAGUGCUGAGUUAAUACGAAGGUAUAAUCCAGAUAUGGAUGCUAAAUUCAGUGCCGGAGAAGGGAUCAUCUAUAUUCCGGGAAGAGGUUGGUGUUCAUGCUCUUUUGCUUUAUUUCCCUCGGAUAAUACAUAAGCGUGUUUUUUAACUUUGCUUAGCUAGUGUUUAUAUUCUUAUUACUUUGAAGGUGCGUAAUUAAACAUCUAAAUUUGUAUGAAAUUGAAUAAGUAACUAUACUAAUUCUACAUGAUAUAAUAUGCAUCAUACAGGAA